CUGCCGGCUAAGUAAAUCUCCAACAUUUUACGGUAAAUCUAGUAUUUGUAAAACUGUUACAAAAAUUCCUUGUUUUAAAAAUUUUACGAAAUUAUCAUUACGCGGAAAGUCGGCUCCACUGAAACCCUUGACCAGAAUUAGUAAAAUAGUAAGCAAUAAUGACAGAGGCGGAAGGAUCAUGGUGUCUCAUGGAAUCCGAUCCAGCAGUGUUUACGGAGCUUAUUAAAGAGUUUGGAGUCAAAGGUCUUCAAGUGGAAGAAUUGUGGAGCUUGGAUGCGGAACAUUUCGAACGAUUGCAACCUGUUCACGGACUAAUCUUUUUAUUCAAAUGGAUUGGCCCCUCUGUGGACAGCUCGGACAGCGAAGCGAUUGUGACAGACGACAAAAUAUUUUUUGCAAGACAAGUUAUCCGAAAUGCUUGUGCUACCCAGGCUAUAGUGCAAAUAUUGAUGAAUUUGGAAUCUUCUGAAUUGGAGUUGGGCGAAACUUUGCGUGAUUUUAAAGAAUUUACAAAAACAUUCGAUUCCUCCAUGAAAGGUCUCGCUCUGUCUAAUUCUGACACCAUAAGAAACGUGCACAACAGUUUUAGUCGUCAGCAAAUUUUUGAAUUUGACAACAAAUCUGCUCCCAAGGACGAUGAUGUUUUCCAUUUUGUCAGCUAUAUUCCGAUUGCUGGAAGGCUCUAUGAGUUGGACGGAUUAAAGGAAGGACCUCUUGAUCAUGGACAAAUUCCAGAAGGAAAAGAUUGGACAGACAUUGUUACGGUAGUACUGCAAGAUCGAAUUAACAAAUACAGUGAAAACGAGAUCCAUUUUAAUCUCCUAGCGAUUGUGAACGAUAGAAAAGUUGAAUGUGAAAAGAAAAUCGCAGCGUUAGAAGCAACUGGCAGGGCCACGCCAGAAAAAAUUCUGGAACUAAAACAAUUAAUCGAAGACGAAGAAUCAAAGAGGCACAAAUUCAGAAUGGAAAAUGUUCGAAGAAAGCAUAACUAUUUACCACUGAUUGUUGAAUUCUUGAAAGAACUUGCCCAACAAAAGCAACUAAUUCCUCUGUACGAAAAAGCAAAAGAGAAAUGCGAGACCAAGAAAAAAUCGAAAUCAAAGUCAAGUACUUGAUUUGAAUGCAUUGCAAAUUUUGAAAUUUCAGACAUAAAAAUCACAUGUAUUCCUCCAUAAACUCUGAAAUUAUAAAAUAAACUCGUGCAUUAAGAAUAAAACAGUUACCUAUAAAUUUCAACAA